CCGUGACUCAAACUGCAGUAGCGAAUGACAGUUCAGGGUUUUCAAUGUUAGCUCGAAACUAUUAGAGAUAUAGUUAGUGAUUCCAUUCCAAUCUUCCAAUCAGAGACAGUCGUCAAAUGGUAGGACAAAAUCGGAAAUAAAUUCAAGGCUUCUGUGCAAAAGUAGUGGAUUUCUUAUUGAACUACAUUUUGGGAAAACAUCACUAACUGUCAUUUUCUACCAUGUGUACAGGGAAGUGUUCAAAGUGCAUUGGGAGACUGCUGCUUCCUCUGGGAUUAUGUGCUAUCAUAGCCAACAUUCUUCUGUAUUUUCCUAAUGGAGAGGUGCUUGAUGCAGCUAAGAUAACUGAUUUUGUCUGGUACUUCCAUGGGAUCCUAGGAGCUGGGUUAAUAGUCUAUCUGCCUGCCUUUUUGAUGUUGGGUGCUGGAGGGGAUGGGUGCUGUGCAAACAGAUGUGGGAUGCUGUUGUCUAUGCUCCUGUCUGCGAUGGGGUUCUUUGGAGCGGUGUACUGCAUGAUCAUGUCCUCUCUGGGUCUGGAGCAGGGUCCACUCUGUGACACAGGGGACGGGGACUAUGUGUACCCCUUCAGAAACCAGACACUGGAAGAGAGCUACCUUUUUAAUCAGACUACAUGGGACAUCUGUAAGAAACCUAAAAAUGUGGUCCUCUGGAACGUCACCCUGUUCUCAAUCCUCCUGGUUAUUGGUGCACUUGAGGCUGUCUUGUGCCUCAUUCAAGUACUUAACGGGCUCUGUGGAUGUUUAUGUGGCACUUGCAAGAGGCAAAGACAGGUAAGUGUUGAACAAUAAAAUCAUAAAACAAAACAAAAAACAAAAACUGGAUAAAGGUAUUAUUAUUUUACAGGGUUAGGGAUAGGAAAAGGGAACAGGAAUAUGAUAGGGGGAGGGUUCGUUUUGGAGUUAAGGAUGCAUUUAGGGUUUGGGGUUAAAGGUCAAGGUGUUGGAAUAUGGAUGAGGUGGAGAUUAUUCCUGAACCCCAUAAUGUGUGUUAAUUAUAUUAUAGGAGGGUAAUAAGCAUGUUACUAACA